ACUUUCGCUUUUGAAGGUAUGGGUGAGGAAGAUGGGAAGGAAUGGAUGGUGCUGCUGUUUGGCCGAUAUGGGAAAAGAUUGAACGGCUUGAGAUUGGGCACGCUAUUGUUUGAGAACUGGAUCCCAUUAGUCGAAGAGCAGUGUCCGAGCAGGUGGGAUCUUUCCGAGCUGGAGUCAUUUGAAUUGAACAGGCAUCUCGUAGAUGACCCCCAUAAAUACACUCAAUGGAUUGCAGCUAUGGUCUCCGCCCCACCUCAGCAAUCCGCCUCCUCGCUGCCUUGUCGGUCACUUAACUCAGUCCAAGAGGACUCAAGCACCGCUAGCGAUGUAUCGAGCCUCAGCAGCUUGACUUCUUCAUCCGGAACUCCCUAUUUGUGGAGGCCUCUGAGCCGCAUCCGACUGAACGGCAUUAGGCUCCAGCACCAGGACUGGACAACAGUGAUCAAGGCGCUUGAUUUCACGGCUUUGGAAAUUUUGGAUCUUACUUUUACCAACUUUGAUGAGGAAGAGCUUCAGGUCUUGGUAGAUUGUGUUCCUGAGGAGAGCAAUAGGGCUAUGCCUUUAACCACAUCUCUUCAAAUGACCCCUAUAUUUUAUAAUGCUGCAAUAUUGCGAUUGGUAGCAGCGCUCAAGAAGAAAGCGCCCUACGCCAGAAUUUUUGAUAUCGAUAUGAUACAACGGCAUUUACAAUAAACACCUGGCAUACGGACACAUCGAAGCAAAAAAAGUCCGCGAUCCUUCGACAGCUGCC